AUGGGUCACACAAUCACCCGCAACAAACCCCAGUCGGAGAAGCUGAAGGAGGCUAUUAAGACCAAUGAGGCACCAUCGCCCAUCACCGCUAAAAGAGGCGCGCAGGUGACCGCUGUUACGCACGAGAAAGUGCACAGAAUUGACUUGGACCAGGGCCUGACAGAGGAAAUGAUCGAAGGGCUGACAGGUAGCAGUGACAGCAGCGUUCAUAGCAAAAAAAAGAAGGAGGCGCUCAGAGACUGGAUCACCGCGGCAAACUGCGCUGAGAGACACAACGUGGAUGUCUUGAAGCAGCAUGAGGACAGCAUGCGCGCCCUUACAGCUAUGCAGACGGCGAGAAACGAGCUCCGCAGUUUAAGUAAGUUGCGCCACCGUAGAUCCUCUAGGUCCAAGGACUCGGGUGGUGGUUCGUUGGACACCGAUCUGCACGCCUGA